AUGAGGGGGCCGUCACCGCCACGAGGGGGCCGUCACCGCCGCGAGGGGGCCGUCACCGCCACGUGGGGGCCGUCACCGCCGCGAGGGGGCCGUCACCGCCACGAGGGGGCCGUCACCGCCGCGAGGGGGCCGUCACCGCCGCGAGGGGGCCGUCACCGCCACGUGGGGGCCGUCACCGCCGCGAGGGGGCCGUCACCGCCCCACCCUAGCUACCCCCAGCAAACCCCCUCCACCCCCUCUUUGCAGCUGUAUAGCGGGGAGAGGGGGAUGAGAUCUACACACCACAGAGCUACACAUCACAGACCUACACACCACAGCUACACACCACAGACCUACAAACCACAGAUCUACACACCACAGACCUACACACCACAGAUCUACACACCACAGAUCUACACACCACGGGUCUACACACCACAGAUCUACACAUCACAGACCUACACAUCACAGAUCUACACACCACAAAGCUACACACCACAGAGCUACACACCACAGACCUACACACCACAGAUCUACACACCACAGACCUACACACCACAGAUCUACACACCACAGAUCUACACACCACGGGUCUACACACCACAGACCUACACACCACAGAUCUACACACCACAGACCUACACACCACAGAUCUACACACCACAGAUAUACACACCACGGGUCUACACACCACAGAUCUACACACCACAAAGCUACACACCACAAAGCUACACACCACAGAUCUACACACCACAGAGCUACACACCACAGAGCUACACACCACAGAUCUACACACCACAGAUCUACACAUCACAGAUCUACACAUCACAGACCUACACAUCACAGAUCUACACACCACAAAGCUACACACCACGGGUCUACACACCACAGAUCUACACACCACGGGUCUACACACCACAGAUCUACACACCACAGACCUACACACCACAGAGCUACACACCACGGGUCUACACACCACAGAUCUACACACCACAGAUCUACACAUCACAGACCUACACAUCACAGAUCUACACACCACAGAUCUACACACCACAGAUCUACACAUCACAGACCUACACACCACAGAGCUACACACCACGGGUCUACACACCACAGACCUGCACACCACAGAUCUACACACCACAGAGCUACACACCACAGAUCUACACACCACGGAGCUACACACCCCAGAUCUACACACCACAGAUCUACACACCACAGAUCUACACACCACGGGUCUACACACUACAGAGCUACACACCACAGGUCUACACACCACAGAUCUACACACCACGGGUCUACACAACACAAAUCCACACAUCACAGAUCUACACACCACAGAUCUACACACCAUGGGUCUACACACCACGGGUCUACACACCACGGGUCUACACACCACGGAUCUAG